AUGAGUGGCCUGCGCGUCUACAGCACAUCAGUCACCGGUUCCCGCGAAAUCAAAUCCCAGCAGAGUGAGGUGACUCGCAUCCUGGAUGGGAAGCGUAUCCAGUACCAGCUAGUGGACAUCUCCCAGGACAACGCCCUACGAGACGAGAUGCGAGCCUUGGCGGGCAACCCCAAGGCCACCCCGCCCCAGAUUGUCAACGGGGACCAGUACUGUGGGGACUAUGAGCUGUUCGUGGAGGCCGUGGAACAAAACACACUGCAGGAGUUCCUGAAGUUGGCCUGA